AUGUUCUUACCUUUCUUUUUUUUUAUUAUUUUCCUAUUCACUUUCUUUCUCUUUUUCUAUUUCCAUUUUUCUUACACCCUAAUGCUCUGCCCUUUAUUGUUUUUUUUCUUCGUUUUCUACGGCCCUUCUUUUGCUUUUACCUACUUUUUUCAAUUUAAAACAUUUUCUUCUUCUUCUUCUUCUAUAAUUCAUAAAAAAUGUUUUCUCUUUCUUUGGCGUUUCAUUAUUAUUAUUAUUAUUAUUAUUAUUAUUAUUAUUAUACGUUUCUUCAUUUAUUUACCUUCUAUAAUCUUCUUUUUCUUCUUCCGUUUUUCUUUCUACGAAAUUUAUCCUUCAUCUUCCUCUUCUUUUUUUUUUCUUCUUCUCAUUUUGAUCAACCACCCCUUCUCUUCCUGCUCCUUAUUAUCAUCAUCAUAUUAUUAUUUUCUAUUACUACUACUAAUAUUUUUCAUAAUCUACUCACGUUCCAGUAUCUUUUCUUCGUUCGUUUUUCUUCUUCAUCGAGCCUUCUUCUUCUUGUCUUUAACCAUCUUAUUUUUAUUCUUCUUUUAUUCACCUCCCACCCUCUUCUUUUACACUCUAUUCUCCUCGCGAGCUAGCUUCUCUUCUUUCUUCUUUUUUCUUUUUCUUACAUUGCGCCGUCUCAUUCUUCUUGUUGUCCAUCAUUAUCAUAUUAACUUCUUCUUCUUCUUCUUCUUCUUCUCUUCUUCUUCUUCUUCUUCUUCUUCUAUUUCAGAAAAUAUAGAGUAUCUUUUAUUCUUCUUCCUAUUCAGCUCCUCGUCAACGAUUUUUUUCACAUAUUUUUCUUACCUCAGAUAUUUUUCCUUUAUUUUAACAUAUUUCCUUUCCUUUUUUUCUUCCCCUCUCCCGUUUCUCUCUCUCUCUUUUUCUUUCACUUUUGCCUAG